AUGUCAUUCCAACCUCCAUCACCAAGCUCAUCAUCCACCUCAUCUCGUGGUCGAUACACAUUCAACACUGAUGAGAAGCAAAAGAGACAGGGGAACGUAUCGAAACAUCCUUAUAUGACUGAGUAUCGUGAGAGACAGGGAUCAGCGUCUGACGAAAGUACAGGUCCUUACGAUCAUCUCGCCCAUCGACCACGUAAGAGUUUUCUCAAGAAAUUGACAUCAUGUUUCGAAUUUGACGAUUCCGAUCCGGUCGCACGCUAUCGACCACGACACGAAGCGAUCUUCGGUAAAGACCCCGUCUAUAGGAAUCAUCAGAUCCAACCUCAGAAUGUCACUCAGGCCAAGAUGAUUCCCUGUGAGACGCAGGCGCCAAAUAGCUUUGCGGGUGGGAUGACAGGUGGGAGUGGAACGGGUGGUGGAGCUUGUUAA